AUGGCAUCCUCACACGAUGGCUCCGUCAUCAACCAUCCAACCGCCUCCCCCACAAAACCGUCCUUCUUCCGCUCGAUCCCCUUCCAAAUCGCCAUAGCAUGCGGUGUAUCUUUCACAGCACCCGGAAUGUGGGAUGCCCUCGGUGGUCUCGGCGCCGGAGGUGCAGCUGAACCAUACGCCGUAUCAGCCGCUAAUGCACUUGUUUACGGAUUAUUCGCGGCUGUUUGUAUAGCAGCUGGUGCGAUAAACAACAGAAUUGGUCUACGUUAUGGACUUGCGCUUGGAGCCAUUGGAUAUCCAAUUUACGGCGCUGGGCUUUAUACGAAUAACGUGGCGCCAAAGACGUGGUUUUUGCUGUUUGGAAGUGCGCUUUGUGGUAUUUCAGCCGGUUUCUUCUGGGCGGCUGAGGCAGCCAUUAUUAUUGGAUAUCCUAGUCCCAAGGAUCGGGCAUUUUAUCUUGCCAUUUGGCAAACUGCCAAGGCAGCCGGCCCAAUUGUCGGAGGCGCCAUCAAUCUCGGCCUCAACGCGCAAACCUCGUCGAAAGGAUCCGUGAGUUCAGCGACUUACAUUGUCUUUAUCGUCAUCAUGUGUCUCGGUCUACCAAUCGCCUUACUUCUGAGCCCUGCAGAGAAAGUCCAGCGAAAAGACCGCACGCUCGUCGUCGUUCAUAAGCAACCCUCUUGGUUGGCCGAGUUCAAGGCAGUCCUGUCGCUUCUCGUCACCAGGCGCAUGCUUCUGUUGAUCCCUGCUUUCUUCAUCAGCUAUUUUUACAAUGGCUUCAUGAGCACUUGGUUGACGACAUACUUCACCGUUCGAGCUCGCGCCUUUUCCUCGUUCUUUACCAACUUCUCCGGAAUUAUCAGUUCAUUCCUGAUCGCUGGCUUGUUGGACCGUCAGUCCAUUUUCAUCAAGACUCGCGCUAGAAUUGCGUUUGCUUCCAUCAUCUUUAUUCUCAUCGGCACAUGGAUCUGGGCUUCCAUUCUUCAGAAGCAAUUCUAUGAUGCUGAGGAGCCACCUGUCUUUGAUUGGUUCAAGGGCGGUUUCGGCAAGGCUUAUACCCUCAUCUUCUUCUGGCAAUUUGGAGGUCAAGCUUUCCAGCAGUUCUUGUACUGGCUUGUUGGACAAUAUACCACUGACAUCUCCUCUUUGUCUUAUCACUGUGGUAUUCUCCGAGGAUUUGAGGCUCUCGGUCAGACCGUUGCCUGGGCUAUGCAAUCAGAAGGCAACGCCAACCAUUUUGUCAGCAUCGGCCUCAACUUCGGAAUCACUAUCUUGUGUAUCGCACCAACGUGGAUUGUGCUAUCUGGACUCGAGCACAGCCAUGAAAUUACAGUCACAGCUGGUGAAGUGUCCUCAACAAAAGAUCAAGAUCCUGAUAUCAAAGCAUAA